UAUCGCAUUCUCGGCAUUCCAUUCUUGAAUUUCGAAGAAAAUAAAUUCAGCCUUACUGCGAAAACUUAUAAUACAGUGACACUCACUGCACGUUCGUGCCGUACCGACUUGGCUUAUCAUCAAAGUCGUAGAAUAUAUUUUUCUUUCCCUUUUACUCUAUCUGUCUACUUACUACACACAACUGCUCUACUCACUUCGCUCGUGGGCUCAAAUUACUUCAUUUCCCAGACAUUCCCCAGCAACCUUCGAAAUGGUUGUCGAUACCACAUAUUACGAGGCCCUUGGUGUCAAACCAGACGCAUCGGAGUUAGAAAUUAAGAAAGCAUAUAGAAAAUUAGCUAUUAUCACUCAUCCGGGUACGUUUUACCACUCUCUCCAGCAACACAGUCCUGCUCGCAGAGAUACUGACAUAGACACAGAUAAGAAUCCUGGCGAUGAUACGGCGCACGAGAAAUUCCAAGCUAUCGGCGAGGCAUACCAAGUCCUCAGUAAUGAGGAUUUGCGCAAACGGUAUGAUAAAUUUGGAAAGGAUUCCGCACAGCCUGGGGAAGGGUUUGCGGACCCGGCAGAGUUCUUUGGCACAAUCUUUGGAGGGGAGGCGUUUGUGGAUCUCAUUGGAGAAAUUACUUUGAUGAAGGAUUUGACGAAGACCAUGGAUAUUACUAUGCAGGAAGGUGCAGAAGAAGAAGAAGAGUAAGUGUAGUUAUAUUACGACGGCGGAACAUGGUUUGCGAACCAGAGGCGCAUCGUGAUGAUCUGUGGGUAUCAAAUGGGUUGACUAACGUUAUCAUAGAUUCCCAGGGACUGAAGCAGCCAAACGAGAGAGCAUGACCGCGGAUAAUGAAAAGGCUGGAUCAUCGGCGGCUGCUCCAGAUGGUACAGCUAAGCAUGUGCCCUCCGCGUCUGUGUCUGACGCUACAGAUUCUCCUGCUCCUCCAUACUCGGAGAAACCACCAGUUGUUCCCAGCCCUUCUGGAUCAGGAACAUCAACCCCUCGACGUACCACCCAAAUUCCUCUCCGACAGGCCAUCAUGAACCAAACAGAAGAAGAGGCUCAAAUGGCUGCUGCAGGUCUUACAGAGGAGGAGAAGGAGUUGAGGAAGAGAGAGAAGAAGAAGGGCGGUCUCUCAAAAGCCCAACGUGAAGAACUAGCUGCUUAUGAAAGGGAACGUGCCGCUGCUCGUAAAGAACGAGUCGACACAUUAGCAAGGAAGCUGAUAGAUCGUAUUAGCGUAUGGACAGAGACAGACAAGGGAACAGAUUUUACCAGAGCAUUCCAAGAGAAGACACGCCUCGAGGUAGAGAACCUCAAGAUGGAGUCUUUCGGUCUGGAUAUUCUCCAUGCAAUCGGCCAAACCUAUCUCCAAAAAGCCACGGGACUCCUCAAAUCUCAGAAAUUCUUAGGUAUCGGCGGGUUUUUCUCCAGAUUAAAGGAUAAGGGAACUAUCGCAAAGGAAACCUGGAAUACAAUCUCUAGCGCUAUUGAUGCGCAAAUGACCAUGGAGGAAAUGGCCAAGAUGGAAGAGAAAGGCGGCGAGGACUGGACUGAUGAGAAGAAAGUUGAAUAUGAGCGUCGCGUGACCGGAAAGAUUCUUACAGCUGCAUGGCGCGGAAGUAAAUUUGAGAUCCAAGGCGUUCUCAGAGACGUCUGUGAUGAGAUUCUGAACGACAAGAAAGUUCCCAUGUCAAAGAGACUCGAGCGCGCUCAAGCUUUAGUUAUUUCGGGUGAAAUUUAUUCCAAGGUAUGUACUACGGAUCUCGAAUUCUACAAGAAAGAAUCACAGCUAACCAAAUACCAGGCUCAACGCAACCCAGAAGAAGAAGGCGAUUACAUGGCAUUCGAACAAUUGGUCGCCGAAGCAGCCGCAAAGAAAGAGAAUAAGAAAAAGGGAAAGGAUAAGAGAGAGCAUGGUCAUCAUCACUCACAUCACUCGGAUGCACAAGCUGCUGCUGAUGAUUUACCUAAUGUUCCUAAAGCCUAGAUGUGGAUAUAGGAUGAGAUGAAGACGAGGAUGAAGAUGAAUAGGGUAAAGUCGAAGAGCCCAGAGAGAAAAGGCUCGUUGAGGCUCAAAUGGUAUAACGUUUUACCUUAUGCGUCGUGGCUGUUUCGUGUUGUGUCGUGGUUCGGUAGUAUAAAGAUAUCUCUUCUUUCUUUUUGGUGUGUGUGGCGUCAUAAUCUGUUGCGGAAUGAAAGAAUGGAUGGAGAUGGAGAUGGAGAUGGAGAUGGAGAUGGAGAUGGAGAUGGAGAUGGAGAUGGAGAUGAGAAUGAGUAUAAGCAUGAGCAUGAGCAUGAUCGUGCAGUGG